AGUUAGAGAGGAUGACUACAGAGGCGCACGGUGCCAGAGCCAGGACCAGUGGACGCCUCUGCGAGCUCAGCGACAACCCGACACCAAGAGUGCCUUUAUUUUUCUAAUUAUUUCUCUUUGAAUGAGAGCAAGUUUGGAGGGAGGCUGCAUGGCAUGACAUGCAAAUAGAAAGCAACAGAGUCUGUCAGUAUUAACGCAGGCAGAGCCUUGUUUUAUUCCUCCAAGAUGAAUAAAGACCAGAAGAGCCUGCGACAGCUCGCCGCGGCUCUACUCUUCCUCGCCCUGUGCGUCGCGGUGCAGCGUUCCGAGUCUGCGGCCUGCCAUGGAUGUGUGGGAUCCAAGUGUGACUGCAGUGGAGUGAAAGGAGAAAAGGGUGACAGGGGUUUCCCAGGUCUCACCGGACAACCAGGAGUUCCGGGUUUCCCCGGACCAGAAGGGCCGAUCGGACCCAGAGGAGAGAAGGGAAGUGAUGGACCUCAAGGACUAAGUGGUCCCAAAGGAAUUAGAGGGCCUCCUGGUUUGCCAGGGUUUCCAGGAACACCGGGACUUCCAGGUCUGCCAGGGCAGGAUGGCCCUCCUGGUCCGAGGGGCGUGCCGGGUUGCAAUGGGACAAAGGGUGAAGCAGGUUACCCUGGAAAUCCAGGGAUCCCUGGACUGCAAGGAAUCCCAGGUCCACCUGGUCUUCCAGGACAAAAGGGAGACCCAGGUGAAAUAAUCUCCUCCAGCCGCUUUGGAGAAAAAGGAGGAGUGGGAUUUCCUGGACUUCCAGGAGCUCCUGGCAUUCCUGGAUCUCCAGGUGUACAAGGUCCACUCGGUCCCCCUGGACCAAGAGGUUAUGAGGGUCGUCCAGGUCCCCCCGGUCCUCCUGGACCUAAGGGAAACAUGGGCUUGAAUUUCCAAGGACCCAAAGGAGAAAAGGGUGAACCAGGAUUGCCAGGACCAGCUGGUCCUCCAGGACAGGUCGGGGAACAAAAGAGGACACCAGAGACAGAGAUUCAGCGAGGGGACAAGGGUGACAUGGGAUUCCCCGGUCCCCCAGGAGAUCCAGGUUUUCGAGGACCCCCUGGGCCCUCUGGUGGACAGAAGGGAGACAAGGGAGAGCCAGGAGAGGCAGGCAAACGGGGCAAACCAGGCAAAGAUGGUGAUCCAGGUCCUUCAGGAUACCCGGGAAUCAAAGGAGAACCAGGGCUGCCAGGUUCUCCAGGACGAGAUGGAGAGAGAGGGUUUAAAGGUGAACGUGGAUAUCCUGGCCCUCCAGGACUGGUGCUUGGCGGGAAUGUUGGAAGUCAGGUCGGUCCAAAAGGUGAGCCCGGGUUCCCUGGAACACCUGGACUCAAAGGAGAUAGAGGACCACAAGGUUUAACAGGACCUCCAGGACAACCAGGACUUCCAGCCAGCGGUGGUGGUGGUCUGCCGGGACCACCAGGUUUCCCAGGAGAGAGAGGUCAAAAGGGAGACACUGGCAGUCCAGGCAUCUCUUUGCCAGGUCCCCCAGGACGUUCAGGCUCCCCCGGAAAUCCUGGUGCACCAGGGCCCCCUGGACCUCCAGGCUUUAGCUCAGGACAAAACUGUAUCCAGGGAGAACCCGGGCGUCCUGGUCCACAGGGAGAGAGAGGCUUCCCCGGACAGCCAGGCCAGAAAGGUGAUAAGGGUGACACCUGUGUGAAUUGCUUUGGAAGCACCUCACCCAUCCCUGGACCUCCAGGACCUCAAGGACAGCCUGGAUUCCCAGGAUCUCCUGGUGCCCCAGGUAUCAAAGGAGACAGAGGAUUCCCAGGAACACCUGGAAGUAGCGGCAACCCUGGUGCUCCAGGUCCUCCAGGUCCUGUAGGCUACCCUGGAGAGAAGGGAGACCCUGGUGAUGCUGUUACAGUCAACGGUGGGAGGGGUGAGAAGGGUGACACUGGCUUCCCUGGACCACCAGGUCUUCCUGGCCUGGAUGGUCGACCUGGUCGUGACGGACAGCCCGGCGCUCCUGGAGCCAAAGGCGCUUCUGGUUCUCUGCUGGUGAAAGGAGAACGAGGUCUCCCUGGUGACCCAGGUGCCCCUGGUAUUCCAGGAGACAGGGGACCACCAGGUCCCCCUGGCUUUGGACCUCAAGGACCUCCAGGAGAGAAAGGUAGUCAGGGUGUCUCAGGAAGGUCUGGAUCUCCCGGUGCACCUGGUGCAAAAGGUGAACCAGGCCAGACGGUAGCAGAGAAAGGUUUACCAGGACCCAGAGGACAGGAUGGCGAGCCUGGACAGCCUGGUGCACCAGGUAAUCCAGGUCAGCCUGGGCAGCCUGGUUUCCCUGGCUUACCAGGAGGGAAGGGUGACCCUGGACUCCCAGGCAUUGGGCUUCCAGGACCCCCUGGAGCUAAAGGGUUCCCAGGUAUUCCUGGUCAACCAGGAGCCCCUGGUGGACCGGGCAGACCAGGAGUGGACGGACUUCCUGGGCAGCCGGGAUUUCCUGGACCCAAGGGUGAGCCUGGCUUCGGACUUCCUGGUCCCCCAGGUUUGCCAGGGGUACCUGGAUCUAAAGGCUUCUCUGGACCUAAGGGAGAUCCUGGUUUCCCUGGCGGCCCUGGUUCACCAGGACGAUCCGGAUUUGAUGGGGCUCCGGGACCAAAAGGUGACGCCGGUACACCUGGCAGACCUGGAACUCCCGGUCCUCCUGGAUCCACCACCAUUGGCUCACUGGGGCCCCCUGGUCCUCCUGGACAACAAGGCCCGAUGGGACCACCAGGCGAGAAAGGAUUCCCUGGAGCAAAUGGAGCAAAGGGAGACCCCGGCGCUCCAGGUCUAGACAUCCCAGGUCUACCAGGAGACAGAGGAGCUCCUGGUUUCCCAGGUUCUCCAGGACCAAUCGGAACCCCAGGACCUCCUGGAGGACCUGGACGGGAUGGUGUACCCGGACUACCAGGUCUGAAAGGAGACUCGGGUCCCAUGGGAUCUCCAGGGCCUUCUGGAGGACCAGGAGGCCCUGGAGGGCCCGGAGCUCCCGGACUUAAAGGUGAACCUGGAUUCCCUGGAAGAGAUGGCUCACCAGGUGGUCCUGGUAGUAAAGGAGAGAGGGGAGAUCCCGGUGCCCAGGGACCCCCAGGACCCAGCCUGAUAUCACCGGUCACAAAGGGAUCCAAAGGAGAGCCUGGAUUACCAGGUGUAGCAGGUCUUCCAGGACAGAAGGGUAUCUCUGGUCUCCCUGGUGACCCGGGACUGCCAGGAUCAGAUGGGCGCCCCGGAACCCCCGGACCACAAGGUCCUAAGGGAGAUCCUGGAAUCCCAGGAGGUCCAGGUGCACCUGGAGUUCCAGGAUCAAAAGGCAGUAUGGGAGAAAUGGGAUUCCCAGGUCCAUCAGGACAGAAGGGUCUUCCAGGACAGCCAGGUAGAUCAGGAUCUCCAGGACAGCCAGGUUCACCUGGUUUCCCUGGAUCCAAAGGGGAACCAGGUUCUGCUGGGAUCGGAUCACCUGGACCAGCUGGACUCAAGGGUGAGCCAGGACAGCCAGGGUUUCCAGGAAGUCCAGGACUGAAAGGAAGCCCAGGAUCGCCCGGUCUUCCAGGUUUACCAGGAGCACCAGGUUCCAAAGGUGACCCUGGCCUUCCAGGAUUCCAAGGUUCCCCUGGUAUCCCCGGUCCUAAAGGUCUUGAUGGUGCACCCGGUGGUCCCGGUCUUGGGGGAAGUCCAGGUAGACCAGGAGAGCCUGGUCGACCAGGAUCACCUGGAUUGCCUGGAGAGAAGGGUCAGGCUGGUCGGGACGGGAUCCCAGGACCAGCUGGAGUAAAGGGAGAACCAGGGCUUCCUGGUUAUGGUGGUCCUGGUCCUUCCGGGCUUCCAGGUUUGCCAGGUGCUAAAGGAGACCCAGGUCUUCCUGGUCCAUCUGGCAGACCUGGUUUCCCAGGCCCCAAAGGAGAUGCUGGCUUUCCUGGUUCUCCUGGUUCUCCAGGUAACCUUGGGCCUCCUGGCCCCCCAGGACAGGCGCUGCAGGGCCCUAAAGGACUCCAAGGUCCCCCAGGACCACCUGGAAGAGCAGGCUCCACAGGUCUUCCAGGUGCACCCGGCCCAGAAGGUCCCCGUGGACCUGCAGGAAGUGGCGGUGUUAAGGGGGAGAAGGGUAUACCUGGUGCUCCCGGCCAGCCUGGAUUCCCUGGACAGAAGGGAGAUGCUGGUGUCCCGGGAUUCCCAGGUCCCUCUGGUCUUCCUGGUGGCCCUGGUAUAAAGGGAGACAUCGGACUGCCCGGUGUUCCUGGAUUCCCAGGAACAAAGGGAGACCCAGGGCUCCCUGGUCGCAGUGGCCCUCCUGGAGCUCAAGGAGAUCCUGGAAACUCUGGUCCUCCUGGUGAGCCCGCAAUACCUCCGGCUCCAAUUGUGUUGAAGGGAGAGCCUGGGCUCCCAGGUCCUCCAGGCCAGCCUGGUACUCGGGGACCAUCUGGUGGUCCUGGACGUGAUGGACUUCCAGGUCAGCCUGGUAGCCCUGGAGAUCCUGGUGCUGAGGGUCCUCCUGGCUUCAACGGCCCACCUGGCAGGAAGGGAGACCCUGGACCCGCCGGCCAGCCUGGUUCACCUGGAUAUUCUGGUCCUCCUGGUUCGGAUGGUCCACAGGGCCCUCCCGGUCUUCCAGGAUCAGUAUCUGCAUCCCACGGUUUCCUUAUCACCCGACACAGCCAGACUGAGGAGGUGCCCGGUUGUCCUGACAGAACUAACAUCAUCUAUGAUGGAUACUCUCUGCUGUAUGUCCAGGGCAAUGAGAGGGCACAUGGACAGGACCUUGGCUCGGCCGGCAGCUGUCUGCGCAGGUUCAGCACCAUGCCCUUCAUGUUCUGUAACAUCAACAAUGUCUGCAACUUCGCCUCCCGCAAUGACUACUCCUACUGGCUGUCCACACCUAAAUCCAUGCCCAUGUCUAUGGACCCCAUCACCGGUGAGGGUAUCAAGCCUUACAUCAGCCGGUGUACAGUGUGUGAAGCUCCAGCCAUGGUGAUUGCAGUCCACAGUCAGACCAUCCAGAUUCCCUCUUGCCCCCAAAACUGGGACAAUCUCUGGAUAGGAUACUCUUUUAUGAUGCACACAAGUGCGGGUGCAGAGGGUUCCGGUCAGGCUCUGGCCUCCCCAGGCUCCUGCUUGGAGGAGUUCCGCAGUGCUCCCUUCAUAGAGUGCCAUGGCAGGGGGACGUGCAACUACUAUAGCAACUCCUACAGCUUCUGGCUGGCCACCGUUGAUCGCUCUGAGAUGUUCAGGAAGCCCCAGUCAGAGACCCUAAAGGCUGGUAGCCUACGGACACGCGUCAGUCGCUGUGUGGUCUGCAUGAAGAGGACGUAACGUAACACAGCCAACAAGCAAACAGGGAGUAGCUCGAUCACCAACAAGAGAUUAGUGGAUGACAGGGGACAAGCGGGAGUUAGCAGUCGUCACCCUGAACCGUUGGUGCAGCGAGGAGGUGGAAUUCCAAUGGUGCAUUGUCUUCCAGGAAAAAAACAGAAAACAAACUACAACUAAAACAAUGGUGCUACUGUGCAACACAGCUUAAAAAAAAAAAAAGAAAAAACUGAAUAAAUCUUACAUUUACUCUUUGUUCUUUUAAGAAGUACCUCAAAAACGAAAGCAGAAAAAUCUCCACUAAAUGGUGCCAUGAUGGAUGUGUGUCAUCAGCAGUGCAUUUUUAUUUUUUCCUUCUUCUGACAAAAGGAUCAUUGUCUCCUUUCCUUUAAUAAUCAAAAAACAAAACAAAAUCACUCUUGACACGUUUUUUUUUUUGUUUUUUUUUUUGUGUUUAUGGCCUUAUUGAUGAGGCGUGGUUGGUCUCCAUGGUUACCAAAUCGGCACUUUGACUUCGGAACAUCCAAGAUGAGAGAUGCACUGACGAUGAGCUUUCCUCCUUUUUUCAUUUUUUUAUUACUAGCUCUUUAUUCACAAACUUUUCUUUCUUUCUUUCUCGCCGUCAUUUUACAUUUGGUGGUACUAAUCCUGCUGUAGCCCAUCUCCUAACCAUCACCCUCUCUUACUUUUUGUUGUAAGUAAUAAAAUGUGUAUAUUGUGUAAAACACCUUUUGUUUUUAGUGUAUUAGGUCUUGAAUCAGUACCAGCUGUUUGCAGGUUCUUUCUUUUAGCUCACGUACUUCACGCACAAACACGCACUCAUUCAUUCACUUCAUUGCUCACUGACACAUACUUCCACUCAGAUAUUGUACAAAGUAAGGCUUUUAUGAAUGAAACAGUAUUUUAUAUAUAUAUAUAAUAAAUAUAUAUUUGAAAAACAUGGAUAAAAGGUUAUAUAGACUUUAUUCGGCUGUGGGGAGAUUGUUCACUGUUUUUAACCUCAAAACAUUUCACCAAAAAAUAAAGCUUACUACUGAGCACAGAGCCAUUUUCCUUUAAAUAUAACAGUCUUGUAUGAUAUUAAUGAUGCCGAUCGCUUUUGUAUUCAAUUUGUAGCAUUAAUAAAUGUUGAACUCAAAUAAAGGGGACUUGCGUCAUGUAGGUAGUCUAAUGAUUGGGGAAUGUUACUUGUGAAAAUAGAUUUGAAUUAAAUUUCGGCGAUUUGAUUAGACAACCACGAUACUUGUUUUGUGUUGUUUUAUUUUUGUAACAUUUCCAGGUGCUGGGCUUUUUCACUGUAAAAAGAGGUCCUGAGGUUUUGAAGGUCCACCUUUGCACCCAAAACCUUCAAACCCGCUUUCUGUGGCUUGAAUUUGUAUCCAAAACUGGUUCGAGUGUUCACACUUGGCCCUGUCGAAACAAGUGUACAUUCAAUCAGGUGUUAACAGUCCCCUGGUGUGAUGCUUCUCUCAGACCAGGCGCACAGACUCCUGAUGUACUGUAAGUCUGCAGAGAUGCAGAUGUUUUAAUGGGGGGAAGAUACUUUUUUUCCUUGUGAUUUUGUUGUUAUUUUUAUUUUUACAAAACUGCUUUUAUGAGUUUUAUCAACCUGGGGUGCGAUUAAAAAAAAAAUUGUAUUAAUUUUUUUUUGUUUGUUUCGUUUUCAUGUUAUGUUAUCCAGAAGAUGUUAUAAACUUUUAAGACUGAAAUAAAUACAAUGUCCAAAG